AUGGCACGCAGCUGCUUGCGCGUAUGCUUGCGGUUGCGUGUCGGCGGCGGCGCCGAUGCUGCCGAGCCAGACGAGCGGGACCGAGAUGCUGACGACGACGGCGUCGGGCCGUUACCGAGGGCUUGGCAUGCCCUGCUGGUCGGCGCCGAGGCCCCUGCCACUAUCUGGGUCCCAGCCCUGGGCGCUCAUUAUGGCGAGGCCCAAACGGCCGCGGUUGACCGAAGACGGUGGCUUAGAGUGGUCGAGAGCCACCUGAUGGACGAGGCAGGUCUCGUGGUGAUGGGCGGCGGCCGCCGAGGGCGUUGUCAAGGGGAGGCGGCACACGUCGCAGGCGGGUGUUGUGGGGUCGGUGGUGGAGGUCUCGACCGUCUUCGCAACCGACUCGGCACUCCCUUCUCUCUUUUCCGUCUGUCCUAUGACGAUGCUGAGAUAGAGAUCAGAGACGGCACCGCCGGGAAGAGCGCCGGUUGGUCCGCUGCCUUUUGUCUGUGGCGCCUCGCCGGCCCGAACAAAUGCGACGCGCUGUCGGUGCAGGCCCGUGCCAAAGCCGGGCAGACGGUGGAGUGGCGUGUCCGAGGCGCCGUCUUCGUUGAGUCCGCCAUUGUGGUCUGUCGUACUUUGGUCCACUUUAGCGACCGCGCCUGCCUCGACUGCCACGACAUCUUCUUCGACCCCCUUUCCAAGGCCCACGACUUUCGACCUCAAUACGUCCCACAAGAUCGUCGUCUCCCAGAGUCUCGCACACGUCUCCCGUCUCCCACCAUGCCUCUCGACUUUAUAACGAACGCGUAUCUCUAUGGGCUGCCAGAAUGGUUCCCCGAGCCCGAGACGCUGGUCAAGUUCUUCGGCACGCUCGGCGUGCUCGUGGGCACCAAGGUGUACUGCAGCGGCGCGUCCAAUCGGUCGGACCGCAGCAUGCACGGCCGCGUCGUGAUGAUCACGGGCGGCACGUCGGGCGUGGGUGCAGCCGUGGCGCUCGACCUGGCCAAGCGCGGCGCCCAUAUCGUGCUUCUGACCCAACAACCGUCGUCCGAUCCGUUUGUGGUGGACUAUGUCGAAGAGCUGCGCGAGCUCGCGGGCCACCAGCUUAUUUACGCGGAGCAGGUCGACUUGACGUCCCUGCACAGCAUCCGCACGUUUGCUACGCAGUGGAUCGACAACUUGCCGGUGCGGCGGCUGGACAUGAUCAUACUGUGCGCGGCGGUGGCUGGCGUGGCGCAGACGCACGAACGCACGGGCAAGGCGCUGGCGCCGGCACGCGGCGUGACGACGGCGGACGGGAUUGAGCGAGCGUGGAUGGUCAACUACCUGGCCAACUUCCAUCUGCUGGGCAUCCUGAGCCCCGCGCUGCGGUCGCAGCCGUUUGAUCGCGACGUGCGGAUCAUUAUCACGACGUGCUCGUCCUACAUUGGCUCGCCGCCAUUGAUUGCGGCUCCUGGCAGCACCGCAUCCACGACAGCAAGCGCUCGAGGCAGCAAGAAAAAGGCAGCCAAGGCGGGGACAGCGGCCUCUACGACGCCGGACGGCGUCGACAUCCCCGACUGGUCCCCGGCGCGCGCGUACGCGCGCAGCAAGCUCGCGCUUAUGGUGUUUGCACGCUCCUUCCAGAAGCACGUCGACGCACACAAGCGGCCGGACAACCUACCAGGCAAUGUGCGCGUGCUGGUGGUCGACCCGGGCAUGUCGCGCACGCCCGGGUUCCGCCACUGGCUGACGGGGGGGUCGCUGCUGUGGCUCGUGCUGGGUUAUGUGCUGCUGUACCCGCUGUGGUGGCUGUUUAUUAAGAGCGCCGACGACGGCGCACAGUCGAUUUUGUAUGCGGCCAUGGACGGCGAGCUGCGGCGCAUGCGCGACUUUGGCACCGCGGGCGACGCGCUGGCGGACGACGCGGCCCGGGACCCGCUGGCGCACAAGAUCAUCAAGGAGUGCCGGGUCAUGGACACGGCGCGGCGCGACGUCGAGGACGAGACCGUGGCCAAGGCGCUGUGGCAGGACAGUGAUCUGCUGGUGGAAGAAACGGAAAAGCGAGCCGCCGAGCGGCGCCAGCGGGAGAAGGAGGCCGCCAAAGAGGCUGCCGAGAACGAGGAGCGCGUGCGCAAGGAGACACAUCAAGUCAACGAAAUCGAGGCGCUGGUGAGCGCGAUCAAGAAGGGCAAAGAGCGGGAGAAGGAGAAGGAAGCGGCGGCGAAGAAGGGCGACAAGAAGUCGAAACGAAAGGCAUAA